AUGGACUUGCAGAAGGGCACCCAAACCGUGGAUGAGUACCUCCGUCAUGCCAAAUCCAUUGCUGAUUCCUUGGCUGCGAUUAAUGAACCGGUCACCAAUAAGGACCUCGUCACUAGCAUUCUUCGUGGCUUGGGUCCCGACUACAAAAUGCUUGUCACAGCUCUCUUAAAUUUUCCUCCUCUUCCUGAUUUUGCUGAUCUGCGUGCCCCUCUCUUGGCCGUCCAGCCUCCCACCUAUUACUCACAUCGUGGGGGCUCUGUCAAUCGCGGCAGUUCUCGUGGACGUGGUCGUGGCAACUGUGGUCGUCAAGGUCGUGGCUGGAACCAGUCACAACAUCAGUCUCCUUCGUUGCAUUAUAAUGGUCCUUUUGGUUCCUCCCGUAGCUGGCAGCCAUUCCAACAAUCCAAUUCCGCACCUCAAUGGCCUACUUUCUCGCCGUGGCAACCUAGGCCUCAUCCACAGCCCCCAUCCUCUUGGUCUAACAACAGCAGUCAACGCUCUUCAGCUCCUGGCAUCCUUGGCCCACCAUGGUGCCCCACCUGCAACACCACUAAACAUUCUCAUGCCACCUGUCCUCACAAAUUUCGUGGACCUGAGUCUUUCCCUUCCUUUGCUGGUGCUCAAUUCCUACAACCCACUGACAAUACUUGGAACCUUGACACCGGUGCCACCCAUCAUAUGACCGGUACUGCCACUUAUCUUUAG